AUGGCGUCGCCGGACCGGCCGAUCGAGCUCGUCGAGGACCUCCUCGGCGCGCUCCUCUUCCUUCUCGCGGUGGUCUACGCCGUGGCGCUCGAGCUCACGCGGCGCCGCGUCGUGUCGCUCUCGCAGCUCGCGUUUGCGUUGGCCGCGACCAUUGGCGUCGGCGUCGUCGGCGGUGCCCUCGAGCACCAGCUCUCGAACGAAAUGCUCGACCUCGCGCUCUUUGGCUCGUACACGCAGACGUACGUGGCGUUUAAGGUCGCGCCGAUCGCGUGCGCGGUAGGCAUGACGGUCGGCGUCGCGAUCUACCUCUCGCUCUGCAGCUGCGCUUGCUGCUGCGACGCGCCCGAGAUGGAACACGCAAGCCAUGAGAGCUGCAUUCUGCGGCGCCUGCGGCAGUCGACAUCGGUCUACCUCGUGUCGGCCCCGGCGCUGUACGUUGUCAUUGGCAUGCGCCUCAACGCGCGGAUUCGGCUGAGCGCCAUCAAGCCCGUGGGCGGCACGCUGCACUGGCAGGCGUUGCAGUGCCCUCUCGUGCUCUCGACUGUCCACAUGGGUAGCCUGCUCCUCAUCUUGCUCAAGCGUAUGCUCGACCACGCCGCGCCAUCGAGUGACGCUCCUGCGAUGGCUGACACGGUCGUGUCGACGCCCGUGGGCAAGAAGGCGACGCCUCGACCGUCCUUGUCACCGCGCCACCGGGCGCCCGCCAAAGAGGCCAAGUCGUCGCCCGCCAAGCCUGGAGUGUCCAGUGCCAAGAUGCACAACAGCGUUGUGCACGCUCUCACGGUUGCCACCACGGCGCCGUCACCGGCCAAGGUGCCAGAGCCCAGUGGCCGGGUCAGCCCCAAGAUCCGCCCCAAGCUCACGCUCCCGGAUGCGAUUGUCGGGGUCCGGGCCAAGGCCAAGCCAGCUAUCACGUCGCCGCGCAAGGACGACAGCGAGAGUCGGCCACGCGCUCGAUCGGCGCUGCCGUCGCCGGCGACGUCGGUCGAGUCGGAUGCAAGCUUUAGCAGGCCGCUUGGAAAGGCGCACUCGGACCACGAGCGACCUCGGAUGGUCGCGCGCCGGCGGAGGUCGGGUCCGCGGGACGACGGCAACAUGUCGGGCCUCAUUAGCAGCGAGAGCGAGACGGACGAGGACAUGCUCGUGCCGUCGAGCAGCCGCCAGUUCACGUCCGAGUUUGCAAUCGACCACAACCUCGCAACGCCACUGCACGACGACCGCUGGGUGCUCUGCUACGACGAGGCGACCGGCGCAGGGUACUACUACUGCCACGAGACGGGCGAGAGUCGGUGGGAAAAGCCCAAGUGGGAGUAGUCAAGUCGCGCCAUGUUGAUAGAAACAAACAAGACAAUGCCAU